AUGAGCCUUUCAUCAACAGAAGUGAAAUCUAUAGAGGAAGGACCUUACCACAUCAAGGUGGAUCGAUCUGACGAUCCAUUUUUGAGCUACUUAUUCAAUACAAAACUAACAGAGAAUUUGAAUCACAUAAGGCGAGAAGUUAUAAAGACACAAUUGAACACCUUGGCGAGGGGAACUACUACACAUUUGCCUUCGAAUCAGCAAAUAUAUGAUGAGACUUUAAAGAGGUUGGAAUUUGAUUGUUCUGUUAAGAAUCGUCAAAUGCUGGACACACUAGAACGACAAUAUCACACAUAUCAAGAAUCAACGAGAAAGAGAAGGUAUAGUGUUGAUUUUGACUCAACAAAUGACAUACAUGAAGAGGACCCAUUUGAUGAACCUAGGCGAAGAACAAGUUCUUCCUUGUCUAAGGAAGAAGAUGGGGAUGGGAUCAACGAGUUAAGAAAAAGACUACUGGGGAAACAAUUAACUGAGCCUGGAACAGACACCACUAAUAAAUCGGUGGACAGGCAAAUCGAGGACCAGGAUAACAUGCAACAAAACCUUAUUCAGGAUAUGACCAAGCUCGUAGGCUCCUUAAAACAAGGUGCGGUAGCAUUCCAAACGGCACUGGAAGAGGACCAAAGGGUUCUUGGUGCUGCUGAAAUUGGUAUCCAAGUAGCAUCAAAGGGUAUCGUUGAUAUUAGUGGAAAGUUAAGAAGCUACGAUAAGGCCAAAUUGGGAUAUCUAUUCUACAUUUCCGUAUUUUUCUUUAUGAUAAUCGGUCUUAUUGUUACAUUUAUAAUCAUCAAAUUAUUCCCUGCAUUAUAG